UCGUCAAAAAAAUUUCAGAUAUCUGAUUGGCUAAUACAGCGCGUUAUUGGAGAGUUUCGAGGCAGCCAUUUCACACACGAAGAGAUUGGCUCAUUUGCGAGGAGGAAGAGCAACGAGUGAGCCAACCACAAAAAGCAAAACGAACAUGGCAAAGGAACUGAAUUCAAAAGAGGAGAUUGAAGCAUUCAUUGAUUCGAUCGAUACAUUUCUACUGGAUUGCGAUGGUGUCAUUUGGUCUGGGAAUCACGUAAUAGACGGUGUGCAAGAAGUUCUCGACUUGCUUCGGGCAAAGGGAAAACGCCUGCUCUUCGUAACAAACAACAGCACAAAAUCGCGAGCUGCAUAUUUAAAAAAGUUUGCGUCCCUCCAUAUAAACGCUUCAGUCGAUGAGAUUUUUGGGUCAUCUUAUGCUGCGGCAUAUUACAUUGCCAACGUUCUCAAUUUCCCGAAAGACAAGAAGGUUUAUGUCAUUGGCAUGAGCGGUAUACGGGAGGAACUGGCAUCGGAGGGUAUUAGAUAUGCGGGUGCCGAGGAUGACAAUGAAAAUCUUGCGGACAUGAGUCUGAUGUCGUCAAUCCAUCCCGAUCCAGAGAUUGGUGCCGUUCUACUGGGCUUCGACCUCAACAUUAACUACAAAAAGCUCGCAAAAGCUUUUACAUAUCUUCAUGCCGACGACCAGUGUCAUUUCUUGGCUACGAAUAGUGAUCUGACUUUCCCUGCUGGAGGGACUGUUUAUCCCGGUACCGGAGCCCUACUUGCUGCUUUGGCUGCUCCAUUAGAACGCAAGCCUCUGGUUCUAGGUAAACCGCACCAGCCAAUGCUGGAUGUCAUAGUGGCCAAGUACCACCUUAACAAGGAUAGAACAUGUAUGAUUGGAGAUAGACUAGAUACAGAUAUUGAAUUUGGGAAGAAGGGCGGGUUAAAGACUCUACUAGUCAUGACCGGUGUAACGAAUCCCGAUAAAUUAAAGCGAUCCCCUAUUCAACCAGACUGCUAUAUAUCCAGUCUUGGAUGGUUGAGGCCGUAG